AUGGCGGAUCAAAGACCCAUUAUUCUUUGGUCACAUCCGAGAUCUCUUUCUACGGUUUUUGAACAACUAUUUCUUCAACGUCCUCAAGAAUUCCAUGUUAUCCAUGAACCAAUUAAUCCAAUUAGUCGUGCUUAUGUGACCAAAAACUUUGAAUUUUUGAAUCAAAUUCCGUUGCCUAAACCUACUGAUCCGAUCACUUUU